AUGCUUUCUCAGCACCUGUUAUCGAAUGGCUUCACACGAGGGAAGGUAGAUGCAACUCUCUUCACAAAGGAAGUCAGUGGUCAUCUUCUGAUCGUACAAAUUUACGUUGACGACAUAAUCUUUGGGUCUAUCAAUGACGAGCUCUUCAAAGAAUUUGAGAAAGUUAUGAAGCAGAAGUUUGAAAUGUGCUCAAUGGGAGAGAUGAAGUUCUUCCUGGGCUUGCAGGUCGAUCAACUGCCAGAGGGGAUCUUUAUACAUCAAAAGAAGUACGUUCAUGAGAAAUUCAGUAUGUCAGGGACCUCUGCUACGUCUACCCCAUUAGCAACUAACCAUGGUAUCAAUACGGAUGUCACGGGAGAAAAGGUUGAGGAAACCUUGUACUGGUCAAUGAUUAGUUCUCUCAUGUACUUAACCGCAUCAAGACCUGAUAUAAUGUACCCAACUUGCCUCGCGGCCCGAUAUCAGUCAAGCCCAAGAGCCUCACAUCUCAUGAUCGUGAAAAGCAUCUUACGCUACCUGAAAGGAACUCCAAGCUUAGGCAUGUGGUAUCCCAAAGAUGGUGAUUUCAGACUUGAGGGCUACUCAGAUUUGGAUUUCGGUUGCUGCAAAUUCAAUUCAAAGUCUACAACUUCAGGCUGCCAAUUCUUCGGCCCACGACUGGUAACUUGGCAGUGUAAGAAACAAACCACAGUCGCGCUCUCAACAUGCGAAGCUGAGUAUGUCUCAGCUAGCACUUGCUGUUCACAGAUUCUAUGGAUUCAGCAGCAAAUGAGGGACUAUGGUUCGUAA